AUGGCAACUAAUAAUUUCUCCGUAGCAAAUCUCCUUGGCGAGGAUGCUUUUGGUCAAACGUAUAGAGCUACUUUGGAUGGUGAAUACGUUGUUAUCAAGCUACUUAGGAUAACCUCAUCAGAAAAUACAUUGCAGGAGAUGAAUUACCUUGGCUUUGUGAGGCACCCAAAUCUUGUUAAAGUGAUUGGGCACUGCAGCGACCGAUUCAAUAGAUUGCUUGUUUCAGAGCAUGGGAAUGGUAGACGAGGAGGGUCAGAGAAAGCAGAUGUUUAUUCUUUUGGUGUAAUCCUCUUGGAACUAAUUACUGGAAGAGGACGUUCAGUUGAUCAACGCCGCACAAUUCUUAGAUGGGCUAAGGAUCGGAUUGGGCAAGCAUUGGACAAUAGUGAAUUUACCGAUCUGGUCGAUUCCAGAUUGCAAGAAUAUGAUGAGGACGAGAUGCUAAGAAUGAUUUCUUGCGCUGCGGCUUCCGUAUAUAAAUCUUCGCGCUUUCGACCAAAAAUGCGACAGAUUGUUCAAGUCUUAGAAGGGUCUAUGCCUUGGAGCAUAGUUUGGCGAGAGAAUGACAAAACUUUCCUUACGGAGUGAGAAUGACAGCAGUUUCCAUAUCUGCAUUACAUAUAUACCCAAGGAAAUCUUAUAUAUUUAGAUACGAAUUUUAUGUUUAUAUGAAUUGUGAUAUAUAUAUGGAUUUGAGUUUGUGAUUAUAACUCCUCUCUUUUC